AUGUCCGACGUACCACCAACCGAGUCCAUUCCAAAGCCAGAAGAACCGACAGCCCCAGCACCACAACAGACUAAGACUCAAACACUUACAUUUUUACGCUUGUCUUGA